AAAAUAAUGUGGAAUGUGAAAAAAAUCAGCUAAGUUAAGCUAAGCUUAGGUUAUCUCCAGUCCUAUUGUAAUUAAUUGUGGUUUCUGGUUCAAUCAUAUUUGAUUGAUGUUUUUAACUAAAACAAUAGGCCUAAUAUUUUAUUAUUAUUAAAUUUGUCCCGAGAUAUGUGAAGGGAAUUGUAUAAAUCUUAAUACUACCACUACCUACCCAGUAAAUUUGUGCAAGAAGUUAUAAAAAUGGUGAAAUAUUCAGAAUGGAGAGAUGUAUUGGAUUAUAGUUGGAAUCAAGUUGCCCAAGCAUUUUGGAAAAGAUAUCCCAAUCCUGACAGCUUGCAUGUUUUAUCAGAAGACACUUUGAGCAGGGAAGUUAGAGAUGGGAAGCUGUAUACCAAAAGGCUCCUUAGCAAAACAAAUGUUCCACCAAAAUGGGCUGAGAGACUGAUAAAAGCAAGAAUUGUUAAUAUUUUAGAAGAAUCUGUUGUUGAUCCAAAAGAAAAAACCCUGACGACAUAUACAAGAAAUAUUGGUUACAUCAAAGUAAUGAAUGUUAUAGAGAAAGUUGUAUACAAGGUGAAUGACGAAGAUGCCAACUUAACUGUUGCCGAGAGAUCUGCAUGGGUUGAAUCUAGCCUGUAUGGAUUUAGUAGAGCUAUAGAAGCAUUUGGAAUUGAUCGCUUCCGGAAAAAUACUCGGAAAGCAGUAAACGGAUUUAAUUAUGUGCUCCAAAAUAUGUUUCCAAAAACAUAUUUGGCUUUGUCACAGGAGCAAUCAAACCCAUCAAUCUCAGUCACAGGGAAAGAGAAACUUAUGGAUGCAGCCAAGAAAGCAACUCAUCUGGCCAAAACAAAGGCAGAAACCAUCUAUGCCACAGCAUACCAGCCAAGUAGCCAGACAAAUUAAACUCAAAAACAAGAUGUGGGAAAAAUCUAAUGAUUUUAUGUCUUUUAGUAAUUGUUUGUACUACAUUGGACUAUGUUAUCUUUAAAAUUUGGUUGACAGUGGCUUGUUGAUCAUUCCAUAGUGACUUUAUGUCAUAGAUUUAUUUUGCUGCCAUUAAAUUUUACGUAGGUGGAUUUCAUCUUUAAUAUUACUAUUCAUCUGUUGUUAUUACUGUUAUAUUUGUAAGCUAUUAAAAGAGUUAAACAUU